CCUCCGGAGCGGGCGCGCGCGCACACGUACGUACUCGUCAAGUAGCUGCAAUCUCAGACAGAACUUAGGACGACGCGAUUUGAACGCGGUUGACGGUUUUCGACCAAAUCCAGCAUCCCUGCGGAAAAACUUACCGUCGCAGUCGUGUAUGCGAUUCGAGCCGAUCCGGUUGUUGUUGUGUGUCGGGCGGGAGCGUGGAAUGUCGCGAAUUACCAGCCGGUCCUCGAACGGCUUUUUCUUCCAUUAUCGUUCGUACAACGCAACGGUGUUCCGCUUUGCGAGGCGUCGUCGAUCAACGGGCCAGUGAUUCUCUAGAACGAAGGGGCGAAAAUUGCAUAACCGAGUGUUCUACGUCCAACGGUGUCAAUUCUCAAUCUACCAAAUUUUACCGUAGUUGUUGUUAUUCAGUGUGAGACAAAAGAAGAUCAAUAGUCACGCGAAUUCCGCAUGUAUUAUCUGUGAUCCGAACCUAGCUAGGAAAAGUUUUUCUACCGAGUUUUAUUUUCUUCCUGAAAUGUGCUGCUUGUUAUUAAUAUGCUAUCAACAGUUUAACUCAGUGUAGUAGAAAUAUCCAAACAAGAGAUACUGCGCGACGACACAGUCUAUUUUUGGUGUGCUUUAUUGUUCCGAAGUGAAGACCUGGCUCCAGUCGUAUUUAUUGCCUUGAUCCGUAAUCAAAGACGAUCUCCCGUUGUCGAUGUGGUAGUGAAUAUCUUUUUUAUAUCGAAGAAGAGUGCGAAUAGUAUGAUUUACAAUCACUUCUGAAUCUCUACAAUCAACGAAAAUAGUAAUUGCCGCAGCAAGAAAGCAAAUAUUAAGUGCAUUGGUCGACUGAAGUGUUGUCUCCAAUCACCAAACAUAGUUAGUUGUCAGUUGGUGCCACCGUAUCGUACUUGGUGUCGGAGUGCAACGACGUUGGAAUCAAGAAGUGCUCGUUCCGAUGCACACGUGUGCGUGUGUUCCAUCCUGCAAUGUUAAUUAAAACGAAUGAAGGUUGAAUCAGCAAAUAUUUAAAUUAGUGCUAUCAGCAGCAGCUACAAGCGGUGAUUCCAGAGGCAGCAAGAAAUGAAUAUCGAUUCACGCAAAAUGAUCGCAAGCAGCGCCUUCUAGCAGAGUGGAAGCCUGCCAGCCAGCCAGCCAGCCAAUCUAUAUUCCACACAACCAUCGAAACAACCAGUGAUUUCAAGUGUCCUUCCAACCGGUACCGGUUUUCCACCCCUUUCCGGGGGGUAAAAUAUGUACGAAGUGGCAACCCUUGCGGGCAACAAACUAGACACAGCGUACGCUAUCAAAAGCUUAUCGAGCAUAAUGGGUCAGAUUUCGAGUAGCACAGCGGCGACCAACAGCGGACACCACCACCAGGGAGGAACGGUCGUCAGCCGGCAUGGGAAGAAAAUCUACCAUCGCCAUUCGUCGGUUCAGCCGGCACUGGCGAACAUCAAACUGUUGAAGAAGGAAAGUUCUUUCAACGCCAAGGAUUACCACAUCAAGGAUCCACUGUACAAAGCACGGACCGAAAGUAGAAACAUCGACCAACUGUUGCAGGUAGCGAACGGACAAAGUCCUACAGCACCGCCUGGAAGUACAACGACGACCCUGAGCAACGACCUGAAUCUCAGCCGGGAUGGAACGAUCAAAGACUCUGGUACCGUGUUCAGUUCAACGAGCAGCAAGGAGUUCUUCAAAUCGGGCGAAGCCUACCAUAAGACUGAUGUAUGUUACUACAAAACGCUGGACAAUGGUUACCACAAAUUACCUUCCGAUUCGUACCAUAAAAUGACCGAAGGGUGCUACGUCAAGCUGCCGGAUGGUAGCUUUCGAAGACUAGACGAUAAGAUUAACUCCCUCGAUGCCAACGCCAUCCUAGGCGGCGACAAAUCGGACCAUACUGCGGCCACGGCCGUCGGUCGUAACGACGACUCCGCCGUUCAGUAUCGGAUCAAAAAUCCGAUGAUGAAGUUUCUCAAGCGUUCCAAAUCCCACACACCCGCCACCAUCGCACAGCUGCAGAAGGAGAAGGAGAAGAAUCGCCUCAGUACAAUCCAAACGCCGGUCGCCAUGGACGCUGGACGUCCACCGGUUUCCCACCAGCAACAGCAGCAGGUUCUGCCGUCGCACCAGUCCCAGCAGCAACAUCUUUCAAAUCCGUCGCAUCAGCAGCAGCAACAGGGCGACCAACAGACCACCAAAUCGCAACAUUCCAGUGCGCAAUCCCACCACCAUCAACAUCAGCAGCAGCAGCAGCAGCAAUCGCAACAACACACUGCACCGCAUCAUCCGCCGCAUGCGCAGCCGAACCAGAAUCGCCGUGUCAUGGUGACCAUGAUUGACGGUGGACUGCCGGUUGUGGCUAAGAGCAAACCCAUCCACGAUAAGCCAAAAAGUGCCAAAGCUCGAGUCCAGGAUGCCGGUCGAGAUAAGGGCUCACCGAACAUGCAGAUGCGCGGAACCGGCGCCCGAUGGCGGCCAGCCGAAGAGCACAUCGGCAAGUACAAACUGCUGAAAACCAUCGGCAAGGGUAACUUUGCUAAGGUGAAACUGGCGAAACACGUGCCCACCUCCAAGGAGGUGGCCAUCAAAAUCAUCGACAAGACACAGUUGAAUGCGUCGUCGCUGCAAAAAUUGUACCGAGAGGUCCGAAUAAUGAAACUGCUGGACCACCCGAACAUCGUGAAACUGUUUCAGGUGAUCGAAACCGAAAAGACGCUGUACUUGGUGAUGGAGUACGCAUCCGGUGGCGAAGUGUUCGAUUACCUGGUACUGCACGGUCGGAUGAAAGAGAAAGAGGCUCGCGCCAAAUUCCGUCAGAUUGUGUCCGCCGUACAGUACUGCCACCAAAAGCGAAUUAUACAUAGAGAUUUGAAAGCGGAAAACCUGCUGCUCGAUAGCGAAAUGAACAUUAAGAUUGCCGAUUUUGGUUUCUCGAACCAAUUUACACCCGGUUCCAAACUGGAUACGUUCUGUGGAUCUCCUCCUUACGCUGCCCCCGAGCUGUUCCAGGGUCGAAAAUACGACGGUCCUGAGGUGGACGUGUGGUCGCUCGGCGUUAUUCUGUACACACUGGUCAGUGGGUCGCUACCAUUCGAUGGUGCAACACUACGAGAACUGAGAGAACGCGUUUUGCGGGGAAAAUAUAGAAUCCCAUUCUACAUGUCCACAGACUGCGAAAACCUGCUGAAAAAAUUCCUGGUCCUCAAUCCGGCCAAACGAGCCAGCCUCGAGUCCAUCAUGAAGGACAAAUGGAUGAACAUGGGCUACGAGGACGACGAACUGACUCCCUACGUUGAACCUAAACCCGAUCUGAAAGAUCAGAAACGGAUAGGUAAGACGGAAGCGCUAGUUGCGAUGGGCUACAAUAGGCAAGACAUAGAAGAAUCAUUGACAUUCACACGAUACGAUGAUGUUUUUGCAACUUACCUACUUCUCGGCAGAAAGAGCACGGACCCCGAGUCCGACGGCUCCCGGUCCGGAUCGUCACUGUCGCUACGUAAUAUAGCCGGCAACGAGGGUGCCGCCGCUGGAAACUCCCAAGUGCAAAGCCCCACGCAUCGAGGAGUGCACCGAAGUAUAUCGGCGUCUAGUACAAAACCGAGUAGACGGGCCUCGAGUGGCGGGGAAACCUUACGUGUCGGUCCGGCAGCGGCCGUUGCUGCCGCCACAGCUGCAGCCGGUGGCGGUGGCGUUGGGGGCGCUGGCAACAAUGCCACCGGAACGACGACCGCCAACAAUGCGGUCGGCACCGGAACCGGUGCCGUUGCGGUCAACAGCACCACCAGCAGUAACAAUCACAGCUCGGGAGCCAGCAGUGGCACCUCGGAACGGACAUCAGUUAGCAGUAAUUUCAAGCGACAGAACACUAUAGACUCAGCAACGAUCAAGGAGAACACGGCCCGGCUAGCUGCACAAAACCAGAGGCCAGCAUCAAGCAUAACCAAACCGAUCACAUCGGCGGAUAAUUCAUCGAUCUCCAGCCCGGUCAAGCCACGUACCACCAACACCACCAGCGGCAAGUUCGAUCCGAGCAACGGUGCCCGAACGGUUGGCCCCAGUGCUGGCCUGAUGCCGAGACGGUCGACCACACUGUACGAGAAGACUUCGUCAACGGAAAAGACAAACUCCACCGCAGACUCAACCAUGGUGAAUCGCAAUAGUCUUACACCAGGCGUUAAUUCUUCCAGACAACCGGUUGCAUUUCCCAGGAAUGUUCCAUCGCGAUCGACUUUCCAUUCGGGCCAAACCAGAUCCAGAAACAGCACGGCAUACUCCGGAGCCGGAGGCAACGUUGGCGACUCGCCGCAUACUGGCAAGACUUUCCUGCAGAGACUUACUACCAGAUUCAGCAAACGGCCCAACGAAGGCCAACCAAAUACUUCAUCAAAUAGCAGUGGCUCGAACGCGGAGGAACCAGUCAAGCCCCGAGUGCUGCGCUUCACCUGGUCGAUGAAGACCACCUCGCCGAGGCUACCGGACGAAAUUAUGGCGGAAAUACGGUCCGUACUGGACAAGAACAAUUGUGAUUAUGAACAGCGGGAAAGGUUCGUUCUGCUGUGCGUCCACGGUGACCCCAAUACGGACUCGUUGGUGCAAUGGGAAAUUGAAGUCUGCAAACUGCCCCGACUAUCGCUCAACGGAGUGCGGUUCAAGAGAAUAUCAGGCACCAGCAUCGGCUUCAAGAAUAUUGCCUCGAAGAUCGCGUAUGAUCUACGCCUGUGACUCGAUACAAAAUCGGAGGAGUACCAUUCGGUCGGCAGCGAUGCCCCGGAUGGUAGUGAUAGAGGCGGUGACGGCGAUGGAGAUGAUGGUGGCGAUAUGGGCAGUGGCAACAAUGGCAGCGGUAACGGACACGGUGGUACCAAUGGCGGUAACAACAACAACAACAACAACAACGGCAACAACGGAGGUGGCAACAGUGGGAAUGGCGGUAAUACGACACAGGUCACUAGUGGAAACGAACGCGGAACCGAUGUAGAUUAUGACGAUGGGCACCAUCGAAUGGUUCCGAUAUACACUGCCAGCAUGAUGAGGACGGCGGCGGGUGGCACCGGUGGUGGAGGUGGCGGCUAUGUCAUCGACUACGGUGCUGGUACUGCACAUGACAACAGUACCUUUGGACACUAUACGACCGUGGCGACCAGAGCGGCCGUCACCUAUAUGGCGACCAAUCCGACGGCGGUCAUUCACUAUCAACCGGACGGAGGUCGGAAAUUCAAAUCGAAAGGCAAGCAACAGCAGGAGACCGUCGCAAUCUGCGACGACAACGAUGACGACGACGACGACAACAAUGGCGACAGUGAGAAACUGGGCUACAAUAAUAUAUUUGCAUCACUGCUGAGAACUACUACACUUUAAAGACAAAAAAAAAAAACAAAACAAAAAGAUAACCAAUAUUGCAUGCAUGUAUUCUACACAGUGUUGUCCGCGUGUUAUUGUGCGAUGAAAGAUUUUUAGAUCGUUGGAGGUAUCCAUAUUUCACAUCUUACUGAAGCAAGAUCCAAUUUUUAUACCAGUUGUUUCGAAUAGUAGAGGGAAAACAGCUGCUACAAUCUUACCGCAUGAUAAACUUGAAACAUUUAGGAAUUCGAACUAAAGAUAAACCCGUUACAGUAUAGUAUUCUCGUUGAAGACUAAAAACAAAUAUUUAAUGCAAGAAUCAAGUAUUUCAAACAAAGGUUAAGCAAAAUUCAGUACCAGUGUAUUGUGGACGUUAGAAUUUAACUCUUCGAUUGAGCAGUAGAUGAUGAACAAAGAUUUUUUUCUUAUCGUUCUAUAUCUGCGUGUCCGUUGCUUUCGACUUUUUUAGUCAAACCGUACCGGCAUAGGGGAUUUCCGUGAGGUCAACCAACAGACUAGUUUUCCUGUCGUCAUUUUAGAAAUUUUACUCAAACUAGCUAUAUUAGAAGAUCCGUACGAUACACACAGAGUAGUCUUCAAUGUUUUUAGUGAGAUGUAUCUCUAGUGGGGUACAUGUUUUCUGAAGAUUUUUUACCAUUAAACAGCUAUUUAACAAGAACAAAAAGGAGACUCAUUAAGGCUGCUGCUCAAAAAACACGAAAUGUUACGAUUGUAGUAAAGAUAGUAGUUGCACCGAACACAGUUUUAAUGUUAUCACAUAUACACAGAACAUACUACUAAUUGACGGCAAGGAAUAUAAGCAUUAACAGAAAUUGCCUUUCGAUAAAUAACAGAAUAAAAUCUACUACCUACCUACUUCACCUUUCGCGACUGUGUCCAUUGAGCCGCUUAUACUUUUUCCAGAAAAAGGUGUUAGUCAAGAAAUUAAAAACAAAGUCUAUUCUGGAUUGAAAAAAAACUGUCCCCAAUUUCUCAGUGAAGCAACGACUGAUUUUACUCGCAGGUUUGUGAGAAAGCACCGACUAAUCUCACUGUUGCAAUUGUUAGUUACUGCUACCUGUGACACUACACCUUUCCUCUCACGCCCCCCUCCCCCCUGUCACUGUUAUCAUUGUUAGUUAGGCCAAAUUCACUCGACACUCGGGCCUCUGUCAGUCGCCAGAGUAGUUCAACGCAGGAGAGCAGUAAUUAUCUACUAUAUACCUAGUUGUUUUAGACAGUCCCUGUCUAGCAGAACGCGAACAGGCUCGUCGCCGCCACUAGUUUCCACCCCUCCCGCGUCGUUACCGCUUCCGCCCGUGUGUCAUCAGACGCAAAAGCGGAUAUAAUAUAAUAAAUAACAGAACAGUUAGUGUUUGUAGUACAUACUUUAGAGUAACGGUAGAUUUUUUUCUCGUCUAAAGUGUUUGAGUGGUCGAGUUUUGACUGACUGAAUGGGCGAUUAAUGAGUGGAUGAAUGAUUGGAUAGCGUUUUUGCGGUAAAGCUAAUAAUAUAUACAAAAAAGUAGCUAUGGAAGUUCAUUAACAUACAGCGGUUUUCAAUCACAUUCAGCAGCGUACAUUUGCUUUUUAGUAGUUUCGUUAGAUCAUUCAUCAAUCUUUAUCGUUCUGUGGAUGAGGACAGUGAACUGGAUAUCCGUCACAUGGCCCUAGGCCAACUACUUAAUUGAUGAUUCGGAUUCGGAGGAUACAGAACUUUGGCUUUCAUUUAAUUUCUAAAGUUCGUCAGUAAAGUUUGAAUUGCGUUUUAUUUCGUAAAAAUCUGAGCUGGAUUUCAGAUUUAGUGAUCUAAAAAUUUAAAAUAUUUCUCACAGUUUUUUCGGUUAUCUAUAGAAUUUAGAAUAACCAAUUCACUGUCUAAAGAUCCAACAAUAUUUGUACUAACACGACAUCAUCAUCGACACAGUAAAUUAAACACCAUUAAUAAAUACAAGCUUAGCGUUCAUCAAAGUUCACUCACUAGCAGCACUCACAUAACCACAGGAGCAAAAAUGAAUGUAAAUCUCGUUAAUCUUUAGAGUGAAGUAAAUCAAAACUAUUGAGCAAGCAAAUAUGAUCCACGAAAACUAUACAAUUAAAUGAAUGAAUGGAAAACAAGUAAACCGCACCUAGAGAAAAUUGAAAUUUAAUUGUAAUUGCGAACCAGCUGCUGACAGCUUACCUAUUUAUUUUUUAAAGUAAAACAGAAAUUGUAACAUGCAAAUCAGAUCUGUAAAUUGUGCGGAAGCUGUUCAAAAUGAUGCAAAAAAAACAGUAGCGGAAAACAAACAUUGACGUAAACGUUCUAUGCAACAAAUAUAAUCAUCAGAAGUGUGGGAAUAAAAAAGAAAUCAACCUAAAAAUAACAUUUCCCUUGAACGUAAAAAAACACAAAGUGAUAAACAGAAUCCCCCGUACGAGAAAGAAAGGAAAACCCAUGAAACUUAUGCAUAAAAACAAGCGAAUCUAGAAUAUUAACAUUAUAAUUAUUAUUGAACAAAAAAACUAUAUAUAUAAAACUAGUUAUUGUUAGUCUACAAAAGUGCAACCAUUCAAACAAACAAAAAAAGCAAAGUUCUUCACGUACGUGUUAAAAACUGAGAAACCCCGUUAGUCACCGAGAGUAUACUUUUGCUAGAUAGCAUAUGGGAUUAUAUUCCCAUAUAAACAUGCUGCUAAAUCCCACAGAGAAAAAAAACCACUCAACUAAGUCUGGUUCGUUCGACGAAUUUGGUUGAAAUUUAAAUUUUACCGUAGUAGAAAAGGCUGACCCGUUUCAUGCUUUUUAACAACGCCCCCGGCCCCCUCCCAUAAAAUAGAACCGGCAAUAUUCAAACGUGCAAAAAUGCAAAAACAAGCGCAGCACAUGUCAGUGCAUUGCAUGCAUGUCUCAUUUGUACAUAGUUAAAAAACCAAACCUAAGAAAGGGGAUAAUCGUCUUACUGAUUCGAGAUGCAGGGGAAACUUGACUACACAUAGAAGAGCAGAACUCUUAGGUGUAAUAAUAUGUUUUUUAGUGUAAACAAGCCCUUCUUUCCUUCUUUUCCCCUCCCCGUAUUUAAGUAUUUAGAGCGACUCGAGAAAAAGAAAGCAAUCCCCAAACGACGUUCGUCAGCUAUACACACACGUUAGAGAAAUCUAUGCUUCAGAUUAUUAGUUAGUUUUUGUUUUAUCAAUUUCUGCACACUUUGAAGUUUGUUUUGCAAAUUUAGAAGAAUGCAAUUUAUGAUUUUCGUACACCGCUGACACGCAAACGAAAAAAAAAAAAUCAAGUUUUUUACAACGCCUUAUUUCGUUCAAAUAAAAACCUAACCGAACGGUACAAAUACCUGCUACUCUAUCUCGGUUAGGAGUUAAAGCGCAGUUCGUAUUGUAUUUUCUACCAGUAUAAGUUGAAAAUUGUAGUUAAUUCGUUUUCCAUGAACCUUAGCAGCUUUCACGCGACACGCAAUUUACCCUAUAGAAAAUCCAAACUACCCCUACCAACCACCGCGUCGCUCAUAUUUGUCGAAACGAAAAAUGAGAAUAACUCACUGCUGCUGCAGCAAAUGUCGUGGCAGUCAAAAAAGCAGCGCUGGCAUAAAACAAAUGAGGUGAUGGCUAAUCCUUUUUUUUGUUUUCUAAGUAAUUAUAAUGACUAUGAUUUUUCUUUUUCUCAGAACGUAAAUAAAGCAAAAAAUGUUUCAAAUAAAGAGAA